AGCUGCCGCCGCCGCAGCAGCAGCAGCGACAGCAGCGCCGGUCGCGGGGCGCGCUCGCCGCCCGUCGCAGGAGCUAGCUGCAUGUGCGCGGGAGCAGCGGCGGAGGAUGGCCGUGCUGAAGCUCGCCGACCAGGAGAAAGCAGACAGCUGAGAGUGAGAAUGAACAGUCAUGGCAGAGACUAAGCAUGAGCAAGGACUUUGAAAUUUGGCUUCUUGAAUGAAUGAUGGGUAUGCAGAUGUGACCCCAGCACUGUGAUGCGGUACAGACUUAUGAAAACCUGGUUCUCUGCUUAUCCACCGCUGGUCCAAGCAAUUUUCAGUGGUGAUCCGGAAGAGAUACGGAUGUUGAUCUACAAAACUGAAGAUGUCAACGCCUUGGAUGCUGAGAAACGAACUCCUCUUCAUGUUGCAUCAUUCCUGGGGGAUGCAGACAUCAUUGAGCUUCUCAUUUUGUCAGGCGCUCGUGUUAAUGCCAAGGACAAUAUGUGGCUGACUCCUCUCCAUCGAGCAGUUGCUUCAAGAAGUGAAGAAGCAGUGCAAGUAUUGAUUAAGCAUUCGGCUGAUGUCAAUGCUCGGGACAAGAACUGGCAGACACCGUUGCACGUGGCAGCUGCAAACAAGGCAGUGAAAUGUGCAGAAGUCAUCAUCCCCAUGCUGAGCAGCGUCAACGUCUCUGACCGAGGCGGGCGAACGGCAUUGCACCACGCAGCUCUGAAUGGCCACAUUGAGAUGGUGAACUUGCUCUUAGCCAAAGGGGCAAACAUCAAUGCUUUUGACAAAAAGGACAGAAGAGCUCUUCACUGGGCAGCGUACAUGGGUCACCUGGAAGUUGUUGCCUUACUGAUUAAUCAUGGUGCAGAAGUGACUUGUAAAGAUAAGAAGGGUUACACCCCACUUCAUGCAGCUGCAUCCAAUGGGCAGAUUAACAUUGUGAAACACCUCCUUAACCUGGGGGUAGAGAUUGAUGAAAUGAACAUCUAUGGAAAUACUGCACUUCACAUUGCCUGUUACAAUGGUCAGGAUUCUGUUGUUAAUGAGCUGAUUGACUAUGGUGCUAAUGUAAAUCAGCCUAAUAAUAAUGGAUUCACUCCCUUGCAUUUUGCUGCUGCCUCCACUCAUGGAGCACUGUGUCUUGAACUACUAGUGAAUAAUGGGGCAGAUGUUAACAUUCAGAGUAAGGAUGGGAAGAGCCCGCUGCACAUGACAGCUGUCCAUGGGAGGUUCACACGGUCGCAGACCCUCAUUCAGAAUGGAGGGGAAAUCGACUGUGUUGAUAAGGAUGGUAACACCCCUCUGCAUGUGGCUGCAAGAUACGGACAUGAGCUUUUGAUUAACACCCUCAUAACCAGUGGAGCUGAUACUGCCAAGUGUGGGAUCCACAACAUGUUCCCUUUACACUUAGCAGCGCUGAAUGCUCACUCGGACUGCUGCAGGAAAUUGUUGUCAUCAGGACAAAAGUAUAGCAUAGUGUCCUUGUUUAGUAAUGAGCACGUGCUGUCUGCAGGCUUUGAAAUAGACACCCCUGAUAGUUUUGGAAGAACCUGCCUCCACGCUGCCGCUGCAGGAGGCAACGUUGAAUGUAUAAAACUCUUGCAAAGCAGUGGAGCAGAUUUUAAUAAGAAGGACAAAUGUGGGAGGACACCUUUGCAUUAUGCAGCUGCAAAUUGUCAUUUCCACUGUAUUGAGACACUGGUGACAACAGGAGCCAAUAUUAAUGAAACGGAUGACUGGGGACGCACCCCUUUGCACUAUGCUGCUGCUUCAGACAUGGACAGAAAAAGAAAGAAUAUUUUAGGUAACUCCCAUGAAAAUGCUGAAGAACUUGAAAGAGCCAGUGAGAUGAAGGAAAAAGAAGCUGCAUUGUGUCUAGAGUUCCUUCUACAAAAUGAUGCCAAUCCGUCCAUUCAAGACAAAGAGGGGUACAACACUGUGCAUUACGCUGCCGCGUAUGGGCACCGGCAGUGUUUGGAACUGCUUCUGGAAAAAACCAACAAUAUGUUUGAGGAAUCUGAUUCUGCGGCUACAAAAAGUCCUUUGCACUUAGCUGCCUAUAAUGGUCAUCAUCAAGCCUUGGAGGUACUUCUCCAGUCUCUGGUAGAUCUGGACAUUAAGGAUGAGAAGGGACGCACUGCUUUGGACCUGGCUGCCUUUAGAGGACAUGCAGAGUGCGUGGAAGCUCUCAUCAGCCAGGGUGCUUCUGUCACUGUAAAAGACAAUGUCACCAAAAGGACCCCCCUCCACGCUUCAGUCAUUAAUGGCCAUACUCCUUGUUUACGGUUGUUGCUAGAAGUUGCAGACAACCCUGACGUGACAGAUGCCAAAGGACAAACCCCACUCAUGCUUGCGGUGGCAUAUGGGCACAUUGAUGCUGUUUCGUUGUUACUUGAAAAAGAAGCAUCUGUAGAUGCAGCUGAUCUCCUGGGAUGCACAGCUUUACAUCGAGGGAUUAUGACUGGGCAUGAAGAGUGUGUUCAGAUGCUGUUAGAGAAAGAAGUAUCUAUUUUAUGUAAAGACGCCAGAGGCAGAACACCUCUUCACUUUGCAGCAGCUCGGGGUCACGCCACUUGGCUGAGUGAAUUACUGCAGAUAGCACUUUCAGAGGAAGACUGCAGUUUGAAAGAUAAUCAAGGUUACACACCACUGCACUGGGCUUCUUACAAUGGUCAUGAAAACUGCAUAGAGGUACUAUUGGAACAAAAAUUUUUCCGCACAUUCUAUGGUAAUAGCUUCUCUCCAUUGCACUGUGCCGUAAUCAACGAUCAUGAAAACUGUGCAUCACUGCUCAUCGGAGCCAUCGAUGCCAGCAUUGUCAAUUGCAAAGAUGACAAAGGAAGAACACCCUUUCACGCGGCAGCCUUCGCGGACCACGUGGAGUGCCUCCAGCUCCUCCUGACGCACAGUGCGCAAGUGAAUGCUGCGGAUCACGCAGGGAAAACACCUCUCAUGAUGGCAGCUCAAAACGGUCACGUAGGUGCUGUAGACUUUUUGGUGAACAUUGCCAAGGCUGACCUGACAUUAAAAGAUAAGGACUUGAAUACCUGUUUGCACUUGGCUAGCAGUAAAGGUCAUGAAAAAUGUGCCUUGUUAAUACUUGACAAGAUACAAGAACAGAGCCUUAUUAAUGCAAAAAAUAAUGCAUUGCAGACACCUCUCCAUAUUGCUGCACGAAACGGCUUAAAGAUGGUGGUUGAAGAGUUGCUAGCCAAAGGGGCAUGUGUCCUAGCAGUAGAUGAAAAUGGUCAUACGCCAGCCCUGGCUUGCGCUCCUAACAAAGACGUGGCUGACUGCCUGGCACUCAUUUUGGCUACCAUGAUGCCUUUUUCUCCUUCCAGUUCAGUGACGGCUUUCAACUUCGUUUGUUUUAAAAAAGACAAUUUGGGCAGGACACAUCUCUGCGAUGGCUCCAGUAUGAGUAGCAUUAACUCUUACAAUAAGCCCUUGAGUAAUAACAUAGGAACAGAGGAUGGGUACAAUGAAAAUGAUUCGGAUUCUGAAACAUUUUGACUGUUUGGUAUUCAGAACCGUUUUUUCAUUAUUAUUUCAUUUCAGCUUUAUUUUCUGUCUUUUUCAACAGCUCAAAUCCCACGGCUAUAUUCUUAGUUGGUAUUAUUCCUGACAAGUAGGCAUUGAAAGAUUUGUAGUGUUGAUGAGAAUCAAGCCUUGAAAUAACAAAGGUGGAGGGAUCGACUGGAACAUAUUCCCAUUAGUGUUCUGCAGCUUUUUAGCUUCCUGAUGUUUUCUUUAGGCCCUAAGUGCCCCCGUGGAAAGUCUCUACCUCUUAUUUUAAGUAGAAAAAGAGAAAAUGCCUUUUUUCUUUUUGACAGCACAAAUAAACAGGGAACUGUUUGUAAAAAGUUCUUACAUGUUUUACCUGUACCUUUAGUACACAAACAUAUUUCCAGUGUAGCCUUCACAGAUUUGAGCAUCACCCUUUCCUAUGUUUGUCUGUUUCCUGCUUCCAGGGGCUCUGUUAAUUAGAUAAAUUUUUUUAUACAAACCAAAGGUAAAUUUGUAAAUUUUAAAACUGCCUGUAUUACUUUUCUACAGGAAAUGUAAACCUUUUACAUUCUGUGUGUAUUAAGCACUUAAACGUACAGAAGGCACUUUUUACAGUUCUUAGUUGCAGUACACAAUUAGAAAAAUACGGUUAUUAACUCUUACGGCCAAAUUCUACUUGUCUCUCCAUAUUUUCCCUCAGACAUUAGUGGAACCACUUGUGUAAAGUGAAAAUCACUUGGCCCUUAUUUUUUUUUUUCAAUUCAGCACAAACAUGUACAAUUUAUUUGCACUACCGAAUUAGGGUCAUUAGACGUUUCUGUCACCUGAGCCAUUAACCAUGAGUAAUGGUACCAGGAGGAGAAAAAAAAAAAAAGAGAGAGAGGAAAAAAAAUAAAUCAGGUGUAGACAAAGGUGUAUGUGAAAGUUUAUAAUGACUUGCCAACUUAAAUGGAUUUUUUUUUUCCUUUUCUAUGCUUAAAUAACUUAUUUUUACUGUAAACAGUAUCGAAUUUUAAAAUACUUUUGCCAGUGUUUGGAUUAACAGUGCAAAGGUAAAGCAAUGAAAGCGUAACACCAAAAGUUGAAAUACCAAACACCAGAGAACAUAGCAGUGUACUGUGCAGGGGAUUGGAGAUAUAUGCUAAAAAAGCCUAUUGUCACCAGCUUUUAAAGCAAUGUCAACUUUGUGAAUAUGUUUACUCCUUCUGCCAAAGUUUCUAGGUCAAAUGGACCACGACCCUCAUCUGCAACAGAUACACAAAAGGAAGAAUGAGACUUUGUAAACAAAAACAAACAAAAAAUCACAAAAAGCUAUCAUGAACUAGCCAGCUGUACCAAGAGGACCAAAAUGCUUCAGUAAUUAAAUAGAAGACUUUGCUACUUUUAUUUUUUCUUCAAAUGUGAGUGGCAUAAUGAAGUAGUUUUUCUAAACUGUAAAAAUACAAACUUUUGAGGUAAUGAGUAGUCUUGAGUGAAUUUUACAUUUUAUGACGCAGGUUUCAAGCUGACAUUUGUAACUGAUGAUGUGUUGACCACAGGUGGUUUUUUUUCCAGACUAAAGAAUAUGUUCAUAUACUUUUAAUGUAAAUCUGUUUAUAUUUAUUUGAAAUGAAACAAAUGCCCAGGAAAAACAACUAUGGCUUGUUCUCCUAGUUAGCAUUUGUGCAUACUAUUUGGCAUGAUGCAAAAUGAAAUGUGAAUCUAGGCAAGACUGAUGGCCUGAGUAGAAAAGGGAAGGGCUGAUGCACUUUGGGAGAGUGCCCAUCAUCUUGCAUGGAAUGCAAAGAUUAAGUCCACAGGCUCUAUAUGUAAAAAGCAGAAAGCAAAACACCUUCUCUCGUUUAAGAGCAUAAGAAAGGGAUCCAAGCCCUUGCUAGGCACGAGAGAGAACACUGUACAGCUACAGCAAAUGGGGGAAAAGGUAGUAUAGCAUGGAGUCAGGAUGUUAAAGUUCCCGUGAUUCACGCUCAGGCUGUCUGCAAGCCUACAUCAGUGCUGGGAUGAGGGGAUGAGCUUCCUCAGUGCACGCUUUCGGCAGGGUAAAUGAAAAGUAUGGAUUUUUAUUUUAGUUGCAGUUUUUAGCCAUGUUCCACUGAAUUGUUAAAAAUGUAUUGGCAGAUUCCAAUUCUUUAAUUAGGAAAAAUAUUUAUAUAUUAAGUUUAUUUUGGGUUGCUAAAAGUAGAUAUCGUUUCCUUGAUCAUUAGGUAAAAUUAAAUAUUGUCUCCUUGAACAUUAAAAAAUUUCUGAAGUUCAUCACAAGAAAUCAUAAGGGUUAGUGUCUCUAAAGGUGAACAUUUAUUUUCCCUCAAGACUGUAUUUUCUGCAGUAGAAUGACAGAGCAUCUGAAACCCUGGUUUUCUGCUCAGAAAUUGCACAGAAUAACAUUUUUAUGACUGAUUUUUCUCAACAUUUUUGCUUUUAAAAGUUGCAGAAUAGCAAUAACCACCUUACUUUAAGCACUGGAAAUAAGAGGAGAGAGAUCAGUUGUUAAAGUUUUCAGUGGCGUCUGUUCAGAAAUGAAUAGAAAUCCCAAAUUUUGCUUAAUGUGGAAUGAUGGCAUUGAAAACAAAUCAGCCAAUGGGAAAUGCCUGCCACCUGUCUAACAGCAGGAUCAGCUUUUUAAUUUUAUUUUAACCAGACAUGUAAGUAGGCUCCUUGGCAGGAUUAGUUAUAAGUCUCACCCUGAAAUACACAAAGUUAUGCUAUCCUACAUGAUUGAUGCUUCAUUAGGAAAAAAAAAAAAAACCAAAACAACAAAGAAAACAAACCACAAACAACAGUCCUGUUUACAAAAAGGAUAUUGUAUUAUUUUAAGCAGGCAUUUAAAAUAUGUCAGUAUUUUUACUUGCUACCAUACAGAGUUACUGAAAAUAUUUCUGUAUAUUUGCAAUAUCUUAUAACUCUGGUAAUUGUGUAGUCCAACAACUGCUGCAUCUUAAUGAUGUAUACAACAUUAUAGAAGCAUAGGUGGUUACUGAAUUACUUGGAUCCAUCUAGGAACCGAAUCUAAACUUUACUGAUUCAACUUCUCUGUAAACUAACAAUGAUGUAAGUAUGCCAUAUUUCAAAAAUCAUAGAAACAUAUGAUUUGUUAGCAUCUUAAGGGCAUUGUGAAAGUCAUCUUUUGAGUAUGCUGUAUUUAGGAGGAAACUGUCGUAAGCAAGACACUUGGAAGUACUCGGUAUUGGCCUAUCCCACAUCUCACCUGAGUUACCAGAAUCCCUUUUUUUGUAUGCUAGUACAUUAAUCUGUACCAUAAUUUAUCACAUGUAGAAAUUAAUUUAGGGCAGGUAUGUAAGCAUGGGAAUAAUUUUACUCUUGUAAAUAAUCACCUUGCCUUUCUGUGGGCUUUUUACAAGAGUAGAGUUAAUCAUACCUAAUUGUUGCACUUAACCCCGGAUCCUGCAAUUUACAGUGCGUGGACGACUUCUGUGUCUGCACCAAGCAAAGGGUAUUUGGGGAGGGGCAGCUGUCUGCCCAGGUGUAUUAGCAGGGUUGUUUCUUCCUGUAUUUUAACCACAGCUGCAGGUGGAAUCCAUAGCAGGAUGGGUUCCUCUCAUAAAUGAGAUGAGUGUCUCUCAUUAAUACUGAGUUACAACCUCCGGACUGCCUGAAAUUGCUGUGAAAUAGCUCAGGGGAUUUCUGUUCAUCGCUACUAAAAGGGCACCAUAAUGUGUUUGGUACUUUUAUGCAGUAAACAACUGCCAGAUGAUUGAAUUAGAACAAACACAUGAAAUGAAUUGUUUAUCCAUUGUACUGUUGAGAAACUUGGUUAUGUAUCUUGAGGAUGAUUUUAAAAAAAAAAUUGUGAUUUUUAUUCUUAGUCAUGUAAGAAAUAUUAGAGUGCCUUUUUAUAUUUGUGUAUUAUGGAAAUGUUUUGUGAAACUUGUCUUUUUUUUUUUUCAUUUGAGUGUUAUAAAAGCAAUAUAUUACCAGUAAAUUUUCAUUUCAGACCUUCUUUGAAUGUAUAAAGCAUUUCUUCUUCUUUUCAUAUGUUCUACCUGCAUUGAAAUGAAAAUUAAUAUGCUAAAUUUCUAUAUGAAUAAUGUAUAAUUUUUGCAGUGCUGAAAAUGCUUUCUUAUUACACAAAAAGUAAACCUUAGGUCAGUGUUAUAGGAAAGGGCGUUUUAAACUAGUGACAAUCUGAGUGUGUGUAUAAAAUGUAAUUUUAUGCGUUUCUUAUGCAGUGAUCUACAUAUUAAAGCCAAUAUCUUACGUUUUGUAGGUUUUGUCUUAUAUUUUCUGCUUUAGCAUGUGCAAUAUAUCUUUACAAACCAUGGUGAUACGAAUCUGGUGCCAGUGUUAUAUUUUGCAUAACAUUUGUAAUAAACAAUAUAAAAUAUUGUUUGAUGGUUUCAGUGGGGUUUUGUCGGUAUUGUUUGCUUUUGUAAAUUGAAGUUUAAGGACUUGUGUAAAUGUCACAUAUGAAAUGAGGAAAAAGACUUAAUUCACUGAAUGACUUGGAAUUCAACCUGAAUCUUCUCAAGCACAGUUUAGUAACUUUUUCAACUACUGAAUGCUGUAUUAAUGUAAUGAAGAACCCUAACUGUAAACUACUCUUGCAAUGCAUUCAGAUGGUUAUUUUUACAAAUAAAAAUGGUACAAAUACUGUUGGAAA